GGCGGAGAAGAAAUAGUAGUAGUAGUAGAAAGAUCUAGAACAAGUUUAUAUAGUAAGAGUAAGUAAUAGAUAAUAUGUUAAGAACUAAUACUAGAUUAUCGAGUAGAAACUUGAGUAGUUCAGUGAGAGUAUUUGCUAAUUAUGGUAAACCCCAAAAUCCACCUAUUGAUACUAAUAGUAUCAAAAUGAGAAUUCAACCUAUUCAAAGAGAAGGAGAAACUAUAGAUAUAAAAAGAGCAAGAUUAGUAUAUCAAUCUAGAAAGAGAGGGAUUCUUGAAAGUGACUUGUUAUUAUCAAGAUUUGCUAAAAAACAUUUGAAUACUUUUAAUGAAGAAGAAUUAGAUGAGUAUGACAAAUUAUUAGAUGAACCUGAUUGGGAUAUUUACUAUUGGGCAACUAAAAAUUAUACAGUCACUCCAUUACCAGAUAAAUGGAAGAAUUCAAAGAUAUUACAGUUAUUACAAAAGGAUGCGGAAAAUAACGAGAGAGAAAUUUUAAGAAUGCCAGAAUUGGAUGCAAAGUAGUGCUAGUAGGAAUAGACUGGAAAAUCUCAUUGUAAAUAGACUAUUUAAGUAAGCAAAUUGAAUGAAUUGCAUA